AUGUCCGACGACGAGGACUUCAUGCAAGAGUCCGAUGAGGAACAAUAUGACUUUGAGUACGAAGAAGACGACGAGGAGGAGGCGGGCGAUGUCGACAUCGAGAACAAGUACUACAACGCAAAGCAGCUGAAGCUCAGCGACCCCCAGGAUGCCAUCGCCGAGUUUCUGGGGAUCCCGCCUCUCGAGCCGGAGAAGGGCGAGUGGGGGUUCAAAGGCUUGAAGCAGGCCAUCAAGCUGGAGUUUAAGCUGGGGAAAUACGGCGAUGCAGCCGACCACUUCGCCGAGCUGCUCACCUACGUCAAGUCGGCCGUGACGAGGAAUUACUCGGAAAAAUCCAUCAACAACAUGCUCGACUACAUUGAAAAGGGGGCCGACGUGUCGGCGGCCGUCCAGAGCAUGGAGAAAUUCUACUCUCUGACCCUUCAGAGCUUCCAGAGCACGAACAACGAGCGGCUGUGGCUAAAGACAAACAUCAAGCUGGCCAAGCUCUUGCUGGACCGCAAGGAGUACUCUGCCGUCUCUAAGAAACUCAGGGAGCUACACCGGGCCUGUCAGCGAGACGACGGCACCGACGACCCCGGCAAGGGAACAUACUCGCUGGAGAUUUACGCGCUGGAGAUUCAGAUGCUGGCAGAGACUCGAAAUAACAAGCAGCUCAAGACGCUCUACAACCGGGCGCUCAAGGUCAAGUCUGCCGUACCGCAUCCCCGCAUCAUGGGCAUCAUCCGUGAGUGCGGCGGCAAGAUGCACAUGAGCGAGGAGAAUUGGAAGGAGGCCCAGAGCGACUUUUUCGAAUCGUUCCGCAACUACGACGAGGCCGGAUCGCUGCAACGGAUCCAAGUUCUCAAGUAUCUCCUUCUCACCACCAUGCUGAUGAAGUCCAACAUCAACCCGUUUGACUCGCAGGAGACGAAGCCCUAUAAGACGGAUCCUCGCAUCUCUGCCAUGACCGAGCUUGUGGACGCCUACCAGCGGGACGAUGUCCACGCAUAUGAAAAGGCGCUACGCAACAACCAAGACAUUCUCGCCGAUCCGUUCAUCGCCGAGAACAUUGACGAGGUCACCCGUAAUAUGAGGACAAAGGGCGUUCUCAAGCUGAUUGCCCCAUACACGCGGAUGAAGCUCUCAUGGAUCGCCAACCAGCUGAGAAUAUCAGAGCCCGAGGUGCAGGACAUUCUCAGCUUCCUCAUUAUCGAUGGCAAGAUUAAAGGAUCGGUCAAUCAGCAGGCAGGCACUUUAGAAAUAGCCUCGGAUGCCGACAUUGCCAGAACCAAAGCGCUCGAUGUGCUGACAACGUCGAUCCAUGAGUUAUUCGGAGCCGUCUUCAGAGAGGGUGAGGGCUAUAGAAACGAACACUCGGCCUUUGAGGAUGCUGCAGCCGGACUCGACGUCCAAAGCCUCACCAACCUUGUCAAGUCUGGGGCGCGACAGGGGCAACGUCAACUUCACAGGACUGGUAGGGGCAAAUCCUCAUUAACGACGCCUUUGUGA